CCUCGGUGCCGCCAAAGCAAAAACGAAAACAGCUUCAGUGCGAAAAAGUGACCAAAUCAGUGCAAAUCGUGAAGAAAAUUCGCAAUUUUGCGAGUGAAAAUCGAUCGAAAUCGUGCAAAAGUGGUUUCAAUUUGUGGCGGAAGUCGUGGCGCAGCGGAAAAAAGUGAAGGUUUCAACGGGGCAGUGAAUUUCGGUGCGUUUUGCGUGAAUCAAAUUUGGUGCUUGGAAGCUAACCUCCAAAAGUCGCCCCCAUUUUUUCAUUUUGGUGGCGGAGGCGGAGUGUUGUUUUGAUGUUUUGGUUCGUUCGGACGGGCGUUGCGGAAAACUAAACAAGAAAAACCUGACCCUAUAAGCUAUGAACCACCAUGAACGAUAACCGGUGGCCAGCGAACAUUAGUAGCUUGCGGAGUGGCUUGGGAGCUAGAGAUCAGAGUAUGAUGCAGCAUUCCGGAGGAUCGGGUGCCGGAAGCGGAAGCGGUAGUUCCCUGGGAAUGAACAACGGCGAGUCGGGAAUCCUGCGGAAGCCGGGAGGAGGACACCACCACCAUCAUCAUCACCAUUACUUCCAUCAGGAUAACUUUGCGGACCUGUUGGUCUUCGGCUACUCGUGCAAGGUCUUCCGGGACGACGAAAAGGCCCGCUUCAUCGAUCAGGGCCGGCAUCUGAUUCCGUGGAUGGGCGACAAUCAGUUGAAGAUAGACAGAUACGAUGCCCGAGGAGCCCUGCACGACCUGUCGCAGCACGAACCCCCACUCGGAGGCUACGGAAACCGGUUCGAUUGCCUUCCGCCAGCCGAGCAAAGGGCUGAGCAGCUGUGCGAAGAGGAACGCUACUACAGUCUCUACGCCAACGAGGUGGAGGAGGAGAUUCAGCAGGAGGAAGCAGCCAAGCGGGCGGCUGCCACCAGUGCCCAGAUCCCGUUCGAUUACGAUGCGCCCCCGGCGGCAACGGUGGCCGGUCCGGAACCGGCAGCGGCCGGCGAAGACGACGAAAACAGCUGCGAUCCGCCGUUCGUCGCUCCGGCCAAUUUUGAAAUCCCAUCCGAUCUGGAGCUGCCGGAAACGAUGAAGGAACACGCCAUCAUUGAAAAGACUGCCAAAUUUAUCGCCUCCCAGGACUCGCAGAUGGAGAUCUUGCUGCGGGCGAAGCAAGCCGCCAAUCCGCAGUUCGGUUUCCUGAGCCCGGGUGGGCGUCUGUAUCGCUACUAUCGACACAUGCUGAUGGCCAUCAAGACUAAUCAGUACCCCGAGGAGGUUCCGGAAGAAGAAGCAAAUGGCGAUGAGGAUGCCACGGAAGACCUCACAGCAGUUGAGCAACCUUCCCCAGAAAAACCAGCCGUAGUUGUUCCGACCAUCAAGUACAAACCAUCGAUCGAUUGUGCGUACACGCAGUUGAUUAGCAAAAUUACCGGAGCUCCUAUUCCCACCAAGGACAAGCCAUUGGACGAAUCCAGUCUCGAAUCUGCACUGAAUUCGGCAACCCAGUCGGUCGAUUCGGAACUAGCUUCAGAAGCGAAAGCUAACGUCGACGUGGCGAAGGUUUCCACCGGUUUGGCAGGGCUCGUGCAAUACGCCUCCGACAGUGAGGAAAGUGGGGAUGAGGCUGCGGAAGAAAAGAAGGAAAAGAAACCGGAACCGGAAAUGGUGAAACGGGAACUCACGUUCAGCGGGAAACUUCCGCCGGAAAUUUUCCAACACGUGAUUGAGAAAACCGCGACGUAUGUGGCUAAAAACGGGUACAGCUUCGAGGAAGCCUUACGAACCAAAAAUGAUCCGCGGUUUCUGUUUCUCCGGAAGGACCAUGAGUUCUAUCCGUUCUACGCUUUCCGGGUGCGGUAUCUUAUUGACCCGUUUGAAGAGGUACCGAAAAGUCCGGAAAAAGUUACCAUAACCAGGGAAAUUGAGAAUGGAACUGUGGUGGAGACGCCUAGCAUCGGUAUCAAGACUGUCAACACAGCAGCUCCACUUCCAGUUCCGGCGCCACAGACGCAGAUUCAGGCGAACAAACCGGGUGGAGCGGUGUGUUUCUCGAUUAAGAGCAAAGAUGACGCCACUGUAGCAAUUAAAUCAAACGUUAUGCAAGAAUUAGCUGGUGAUGAGGAAGAAACGGAACCGGUGGAAGAGCAGGUUAAGGAGAAGGAAAAGAGUAAAUCGCCUGUUCCUUCGCCAGUUGUUCCAGAACAGUCAAAGGAAGAGUCGGUGGAGAAGGAGAAAGAGAAAGACGAAGAGGAAGUUAUCAGUAGGACUCCACCUCCGGUAGCAGUUAGUCCACCGAAACAGGAGCUCAAGAGCUCCACUCCCCCCUUGGAAGACUGUAAACCGGUAGUCGUAAGCACCACACCGCCAGACACCAGUGCAGCUGACAACGCAUCCAAAGAUCAGAAACGCUUAGAAGAUCGCAUCAAAGACAAACUGGCUGUGGCGGCCCGUGAAAAGUUAGCGUCGAUCACGAAGGAAAAACAACUUCAGCUGGAAAGGAAGAAGAAAGCUAGCAUGUUUCUUAGUCUAAUUAAUAAAGCCGAACCGGAUCAGGCCGAAGACGAACCUCCUCCGGCCAAAAAGCCAGCCCUAGAUGCAACGCCAGAAGCCGAACCUUCCACCACCCAAGAAGCGAAGAACGGCCUCGAACUGUUGAAAAAUCAAUUCUCAGACAAUGAAGACGAGGACGACGACGGAGAUGAAAGCAGCGACAGCUCAGAACUGUCGGUACAUUCAAUUCCGUCCGCUAGCGAUAGUCCCGACUCGAAAAGAGCGCCCAGCAGUGCCGAUGACGAUGUAGUUUUCGUGGCAGAAGAUAACAACGGCGGUAGGCCGUCGCGGUCCCGAACGCGAUCAAAGUCCGUUUCGGUUUCGGGCAGUAGCAAAGUCAAGAAGCGGAAGCACAAACAUAAAAGCAAGAGUAAGAAAUCCAAGAAGAAAAAGUCCGGCACCAGUAGGAGUCGCAGCCGAACGCCGAGCAAGAAGACUAAACGGAAGCGCAGCAGAAGUAGAUCGAAGAGUUCGAGACGAUCGAGGAGUAGGUCCCCGGUGGAGAAGGAUUCUUCAAAAAAGAAAAAGAAGAAGAGCAAAAAGAAGAGUCACAAACAUAGCAAGACGUCUCGGUCGUCUUCGUCAUCGAGGCACCACCAUAGGAAAGAACAUAGGGAGAAGGAUGAACGAGAAGCGGAUUAUUAUUAGUGCGAGACUAGAGGAAGGUUUUCCGUUCUUUUUUGUGAAUAAUGAGUGUACAGUAAAACUUAAA